GGCCCCUCCCUUCAAAUGUGGGAGAUCCUUCACAUUUGUAUCCGGUGUAUUAGGAAACAGACAGAAAGUUCUUGUCAACAAACAACAGCUGCCGUCAAAGGAGUCAGACUCUGAGAAGCGCAGACAUCUUCACCCCCCCGGAGGCACCUGAACUACACACGGCUGACGCUGAUCAUGGGAGACAUUGCAAAAGGGAAGAAGGUGUUUGUCCAGAAGUGUUCCCAGUGUCACUCAGUGGAAGAGGGGGGACGACACAAGGUGGGACCCAACCUGUGGGGGCUGUUUGGAAGAAAGACAGGGCAGGCGGAUGGCUACAACUACACACAAGCCAACAUUGAUAAAGGCAUCAUAUGGGGCGAAGACACUCUGGACGUCUACCUUCAGAAUCCCAAGAAGUACAUUCCUGGUACCAAGAUGAUCUUCAGCGGGAUCAAAAAGAAAAAGGAAAGACAGGAUCUUAUAGCCUACAUCAAGGAUUCCACGUCGUAAAACAAGAACACAGAACACACACAUGCAUUUGUGGACAAUAGCAUUACACUGUUCAUUUAUGGGCUAAAAAAACAAUACAGUUUACAAUAGUUUUUUUUUAAAUGCAAUCUCUGCAUUUUGUUACAUCACAAAAUAGCCACCACGCUGUGUCAUGUGCUGAUACAGUGUAGGUGGAGAAGCCUGUUUUUAGUCAUCGUGUGAGUCAGCCUUCCUGCAUUUUGUGGAUUUUCCGGGCGCUCCUCAUUUGAAGAGGAAACUGUUCUUUGGGAUUUUAUUGUUUAACUUUAACUGCUCCUUGCACAGAAACUAUGCAUUUGUCCCUCUCCGCGCUGUGGAUCACUGUUUGUGUUUAACUUUAUUUUCUAUUGUUUACUAUGUAUUAAGUCUUCCCUGUUUACAUGCCUCAAAAUGGGUUUGACAUAGUAUUGUAUUAGUUUUAUUUUUUUACAGACUUUACCCUUUUUAAACCACUGGGUAUUACAGACUUUACUAUGCUAUGUGGUGGCGCUUUAAAAUGUUUCAUACUGACACAUUUUUAAAUUAAUUUUGGUUGGUACAGGGACAACAAGGUCAAAUAGAUUUGCUGGUUACAGUAAAAUAGACACUUAAUGGGUAAAAUGAUAUACAGUUCAGAGUGUCAUUUAGGUCUGAAUCUGAAUAAGAGAUAAUGCUAUGCUAAUGCUAAUUAAGUCUCACGUCAUCUUCUGCUGCUGCUUAUCCUCACUAGGGGGUUGCUGGAGCCUAUCCCAGCUGUCAUUGGGCGAGAUGAUGCUAAUAAAGUGUUGGAUAUAAAUGAAAUAGUCUUUAUACUGAAUUACUGUUUUAUACAAUGCUGUCAUACACAACCUCAAAAUAUGGGUGUGAGAGUAUAUGAAAGUAAAUAAAAUACCCAUUUUGGAGACA